AUGGCGCAGGCCGGGGUCGCGGACCAGGGCGCAGGAAGGCCGUGGGUGUGACACCGCGGACACAUGUGGGCCGUGCGCGUGGUGCAGAGCUGAGCUUACGGUCCGGUAACUUGUAGGGCCACACGAGCCUGUGCGCGUGUGUGUGAGCGUGGAUAGGCCGCGUGUCCUGGCAGGGUUUGUAUCUCAGCAGGCGUCGUGCCGCUCGCAGGUGUCCGAGUGUGUGGGGCUGAGCAGCCUCUGACCGGCGCACGUUACCAGCGUCUCUCACUUUAUCUGUUUUAUCCUCUGUUAGCGUCGCAGCCUGCUAGAUCGCUAGCUCGGGACACUCAGCUCGUCUUUGUGCCUCCAUUUUUCCGACCUGCGUAAACUACCGAGUCGGGGAUGAACUCAUAAGGCGUUUGGUGUAAAAUUCCUGACGAAGCUGCUGUUGUGUUUUAUGGAGUUUUUAAGACAACGACUGCGAAUGUCCUCUCAUGUCACGGGUGAUCCGCAGCGCCCUCGGCUUCCCUCGCCGUCCUGUAGCUUAAACAUGUAAGUAAAACGUUCUGACUUCUGCAGAAGAACCGCCAGGCCUGUAUCGUAUCUUGCACACCCUCUUACUGAAUUACUGACACAAACGUCUGUGUCAGUGUAAGUACAUACAUACGGUUUUUUCCUAGAAGCUGUUUCAUAACUACAUCCGAUGUAACCUAGUAGAGGCAAAAUAUAAUCGUAGACUAAGGAUCCCACUGACUGCUUUACUGCUACAUAGCCGUGUGGACUUUUGCAAGUAUUAUUAGAUUUAUUAUAUUCUAUGUAUUGUCUAAGCUCGCUCUUCAGUAUUGCCGGGUUGCUCUUGGCGUGAAGGGUUACUGCUUCGUAUGAUUACGUAGCUCAAGUUCGGUUCUCUGAUGUCAGUUACAAGCUUGUGCAUUUGUUGGUUUAUGUGCCGUAUAUGUAAGUUACAGCAACACUGAUUUUGCUGUUAUUUGAGAUUGAGUCCCUUAAUGAAAAUCCCCAGACUCAGGUUAGGGUGUGAUUAGUGCAUGCUGGCUCAGCGUGAGUUCAGUUCUAGUCUUGGCUGUUUCUGGAAGAGCUCCCCGGUUACAAGAGUGAGCACUUUGUCUGCUGCGUUAUCUAAGGUUUGCCAGGUAUAUAGCCUUUAACCUGAGUGUUGGACCACCCUGUAUACCAUGCAGGGACUUCCCUCUCGUCUCCUCGUAACCUGCGGGAGAUUUUACUUGCCUCCCUAUCCUUCCUGCCUGCCGGCUCCAGGAGCUCUUGUGAGUAUGUACGCCGCACGCUUUUGUGGAGGUGGAGGGAGCAAGCCACGUCGUCGUGUGGGUCUGAUGGGGGGGGGACCUGUGCUGGAGGACUGCCCCCUCACUGCUCACCCCUCCCACGUCACGCCGCCCCAGAGUUACCCCCCGCCCUACCAGGGCCGUUUGGAAGCCCACCGGCCCCGCUACCAGCCCCCCCAGCGCUACCACGCUCUCCCACAGCACCAUGCCCACCUGCCCCCCCCGCACUAUCAGGCCCAUUUGCACCACAGCAAGAAGAAGACGUGGAACUUCAUCCACGAGAAGAUGAGCUACGACACCUUCUUCACGAUGAAACGCCUGAUCGAUCGCUCGCGCAGCGUGGACGAGGUGCUGCGCUGGGUCACCCAGAAUCCGGCCAAGGUGUCACACAACCACUACCCCAUCGCCCUGCAGAAGAUCGGCCAGCUGCUGGUGCUCCAGCAGGGCGGAGGACCUGGGAGCGGGGGAGGGGUCAUGGGGAGCGGAGCAGGCCCCGGGGACGGCGUGCUGUCCUCGCCCCAUGCGGGCGGGCCGGGCGACGGUGUCUCUCGCUCCAUGUUGGAGCACCAGGACUUCCAGACACUCUGUGACGCAAUCGUUAACGACUGCUCCAAGUUCGACAACUUCAGCAUUGUGAACUGUCUGUAUGCUGCAGCCACGCUCGGACUGCCCAGUGACUCUCGCAUAGUGCAGGUGCUGGAGGCAGAGUCCCAGGGCCGCCUGGCGCAGUUCAACCAGAAGGACAUCUCCAUGGUCUUCAGCAGCUGUAUGAAGCUUCGCCCAUCCAGCCAGCAGCACCCGCUCAUCGAGUCCUGCCUGGCAGCACUGGAGAAGAACAUUGAGCGAGAGCGCCACCCACAGACGCUCUUCCUCCUGCUGUCAUACUACCGCGCGCGGUGGCGGACUCUGCAGGCGGCCGACGGCUCCCUGGCCGAGCAGCUGGUGGUCAGCCGCAAGAUCCUGCGUCUGACCAAGCACACGCUAGCCAGCGUGAGCUGCGUGCGUGACCACGAGAUGGCGCUGCUUGAUGAGAUGCUGGCCGUGUGCGCGCGAGAGGCCAGCAACAAAAGUCUGGAGCUCAUCUUCAGCUCACACCUCUUCUACCAGAAUCGGCAGGAGAAGUUUGUCAGCAGCCUGGCUGAGGAGCUGCCUAAGAAGGUUGACAGCAUCACUCCUUACACCAUGGCCCUUAUCGCCAAGUACAUCGCACGCCAUCGUCUGCGCUCCACACGCCUGCUCGACACCAUCGCAGACUUCCUCGUCAAGAAGGGCGAGUACCUAGACAGCAAGGUCAUCCAGAAGCUCGUGUUCCCCUUCAGCCGUAUGAGCUACAGGCCUGCGAACGAUGCCCAGUUCUUCUCCAAGCUGGAGAUGGUGUUGGAGCUGAAGGCGCUAAGCUCGCCGUUGGCCACUGUCAACAUCCUCAUGUCCCUUUUCCAGCUGGGUCACUUCCCAAGUCUGGUGCUCCACCGUGUCUUCUCUCCCUCCUUCAUCAGCAACGUCACCAACAGCCCGUAUGCGUUGAUCGUGCGUCGUUACCUGUCCCUGCUGGACGCAGCUGUGGAACUGGAGCACCGGGAGUAUGCAGGACCCCGCCUGCAGGAUGUCCACAAAGUGCUCAUGUUCGACCAUGCCCUCACCGCCGAUGAGGUGAACCGCAAGUACAGUUACAAAGGACUGGUGGCAGAGGCCUUGCGGCAGCUGGUUGGAGAACACGGAUACAAGCAGGAUGAAGUUCUGGCUCCAGGAUAUUACACAGAUUUCCUGCUGUGGCUCGACCGUACAGGCCGCGUCCUCCCCAUCCGUGCGGGAGCUCCGGUGGUCCCGUUGAGGGUGGACUCCCCUCCGUGCACCGUCACAAACCCCAAAUCCCCCGAGGGCUCCAGCUCGGUCACGGCCCUCACCUCCGACUUCCAGACGUUCUCCCCCUUCUCUCCAUCUUUGAAAGAGACGGCCAGCAAGCAGGCUGGAGACGACACGCCCUUCCUGCCCACGCACGUGCGCCAGCCGGCACCGGCCGCACAGAGGCUGGGUGCCAACGGGACGGUGCCGCUGGACUACAACGUCUACUACACCACCUCAGAUUACUACGCACCACUGGCCAAGGAGCACUCCCUGGAGAGCCAGGACAGCUCCACGCUCAGCAGCCCCUCAGACUGCCUGGUGCAGGGGGGGCCGGCUGUGGCCGGGACCGCCACGCCCCACGACUCCCUCUUCCAGUUCUCCAUCGGAAAGAUCCUGGAGGACGAGGGGGGGGUGUCCAUGGCAGCGGGGGGUGACCCAGGGCCAGUCUGUGAGAUCGUGCCCUUCUACGAGGGGGUGACCUAUGAGGGGGAUGGCGGCACGGUGAGCACCCCUGUGCCCCAGAUGCACCCUGCCGAGCCGCCGGACAUGGACAGGACAAGCGGGGAGCACGUGAAGAGGGUGAUCAUGUCAGUGAAUGACAAGUGGCAUUACUGCCACAACUCUGACGUGCUGGUGGGCUCUAGGACCAUGAGGGAUCGGCACCUGCAGCUGCUGGGCUACGUCAUCCUGCAGUUGCCCUACCUGGAGUUGGAGAAAUUGAAUGGAAUCGAAGAAGUGAAGCAGUACCUCCACAAAAAGCUGCUGGAAGUUCCGUUAUGACAGUGGAAAAGUACAGCUGUGUGUGCGUGCGUGCGUGCAUGCAUGCAUGCAUGCAAGCAAGCAUGUGCAACCUUUAGUUUCAAGAGGCUUUGCUGUUUUGCAGAAAGAUGUGUGUGUGUGUGUGUGUGUGUGUGUGUGUGUGUGUGUGUGUGUGUGUGUGUGUGUGUGUGUGUGUGUGUGUGUGUGUGUGUGUGUGUGGUCCUAGUUUUUAGGACAGCGACACUAAGCACUGUCUUACUUCCUGACUGGGGCAAAGGGAUUUAACACCUCUGGGCAAAAUCUUAAACACUGUCUGUCUGUCUAAAGACACACAAAAACCUGAAUACCUUUACGCUGAGAUUUCUACCAGUCAUGUGACCGGAGUCACAUGACUGGAGGCUGGUGACUUUCCUGGUGUUUCUAGGACACUGCUGCUUCUGAACUGACUUCAAAACCGAAGACAUUUGAACGGGCUGACUUGAGAUCAUACUGACCUAUAAGAAAAAUGGUUUCUUUCUAAAAGAAAAACAGUUUUUAUUACACCAUAAAUUUAGGAAAAAACACGACAUGAUGCCAACCAAUUAUAACAAAAUACAAGUAAAUAUAGCCAAAUAAAUUUUUAAAAAUUUGUGCCAGUGUAUUGAUACAUGUAUCACCAGUGAUUUCAUUUUGAUAUAUUGCCAUAGCGAUAUAUUGAUCAGAGCCUUAGUUCUAGGUGGGAAACUGAUAAUUCCUGCCUGUGCUUUGAAUUCAGCACUACCUGGACCAAAUGCCUUUCUCCCUCGAUGUCUGGUAGAGCUCUCAGUCUUGGGCUGGAUGAGACAUGGCUGCUCUGUACCUCAGAGUCCCAAUACUUCCCCCUUGGGCUCACGUAAAGGUGUUGGAAGACGAUGUGUUGAGAGCAAGUUAUGCAGGACGAGGGGGAUGGGGAAUUGCGCUGAACGUGGAGGCUAGACUCUCAGCUGCUACUCAGACCGCUGAUUUGAUAUUUUGUCCAGAUUGAGUGUUCCUUGGUACUUUUACUGCCUUUGAUUUGCUAAUAAAGGUGAGGCACACUGUUUCUUGUGGAUGAUACUGUGCCACACACUAAAUCUCUAGCUUUUUCUCCCAGGUUGUUGAUCUGUCUCAUUAGUGUUUUAAACCAUGUGGGGGACAGGCUGGGAAGAGACACUAUGAUUCACCCUGUGUCUAGCAGGAUGAAAGGGUGCUUUUACGGAAUAAUGAACAGCAGAUGGGAACUUGUUGCUGGAUUUCAGGUGCCAUCAUGGACACCAAGCCCUGACCAUUGCAACAGAUCCCCCACACUGGGUCAUGGCACGACAGCUUAAUGUUAUCUUACAAAACUUGUCCAAGAUGGAUGAAACAGACAAAGCAAUGGUAAUGGAAAUGAAUCCGAACAGAGUGUUUAUAGAGCGUUAGGAAAGGAUCUAUACAUUUUAUUUUCUCAGAAUGAUGUUUGUACUUUGUCAUGUCAAGGAGCGCAAAGCAACGCACUCAGCAGACGGCUGGAGUAAUAAUUACAUGAUGUCUUUGUUGUCAGACUCCUGCUAAGCAUGUUUGCGUGACUGUGUCCCAUUACAUCAGAGGUGUGUUUUAAUGAACAGUGUCCAGUCCAAAAGGUAUUCUGUCAGAUGGAUAAUGGCUGCAUCAAAGUGCAUUAGUGGGAGAACCUAACAAUUUGAAACAGAUUACUAAGACAGAUCAAUAACCAUUUGUGUCAAAAAUAAGUAAGUUUGUGUUGAGAUUUUAAGAUUAUAUAAUGAGGGUUAAAGUAUUUGGGGGAGGGGGGUGUUAUGGUUUCAUGCACAUUUUGUCAGAUGUGUGGAUACGAUAGGGCCGUGAUGUGGAAGCUUGUGUGUGUGUGAUCUCGUUCUCGUGGCACUGUUGCUGUGUGCGUUUGCUUUGCUAUUUUUGGGGAGAGAAAUUAUUUAUUAUGGCAAGUGUUCCUUUGAAUGUAAGAGGAUGGAUGUCUGUUGGGGUGUAGGUGGGAAAUUGAUGGAAAUCUGUUUAUAUAUACAUAUUAAAAUGUCUAUAUAAAAUCAUUAUUAAAAAAGCAGAAAGCAAACAG